AAACCCCAGCUGGUGGCCAGCAGUGACCGUUUCUGCCGCUUCCUCGAGGAAUAUUGCCCUGUUGUGACAGAAACUUACUAUCCCACAAUUUGGUGCUGGGAAGGUCGGGUGCAGACACUCCUGCGUCCCUUUAUCACCUCUAGACCCCAAGUACAGUACAGGAAUGAGCUCAUUAAAACAGCAGAUGGAGGACAGAUUUCGUUGGAUUGGUUUGAUAAUAAUAACAGCCUAUAUUAUCCGGAUGCCGGCACAAGACCCACUGUCCUGUUAUUGCCUGGCCUGACAGGAACAAGCAAGGAAUCCUACAUUCUUCAUAUGAUCCAUCAAAGCGAAACGCUGGGAUAUAGAUGCGUGGUUUUUAACAAUCGGGGAAUUGCUGGUGAGGAUCUUUUGACACCAAGGACUUACUGUGCAGCUAACACAGAGGAUUUAGAGGCCGUUAUUCGUCAUGUACACAGCCUGCACCCCUCAGCUCCAUUCAUGGCAGCCGGUGUUUCUAUGGGAGGCAUGCUUCUUUUAAAUUACCUGGGCAAAACUGGCAGAGACACUCCUUUAAUGGCAGCUGCAAUUUUCUCUGCGGGUUGGAAUGUUUUUGAAUCUGUAGAAUCUCUGGAGAAGCCACUAAACUGGCUUCUUUUCAACUAUUACUUGACUACUUGUCUACAAUCCUCUAUCAGCAGGCAUCGACAAAUGUUGGAGAAAUUAUUUGAUAUGGAUCUUGUGAUGAAGGCUAGAACUGUUAGAGAAUUUGAUAAGCAGUUCACUUCAGUCAUGUUUGGCUACCGUACAAUUGAUGAUUACUACGAAGAUGCUAGCCCAUGUCGCAAGCUGAAGUCAGUAGGAAUUCCAGUGUUAUGUCUAAACUCUGUGGAUGAUGUUUUCUCACCAGGUCAUGCUAUACCAGUAGAAACUGCCAAACAAAAUGCAAACAUUGCUUUGGUUCUGACUUCGUGCGGAGGCCAUAUUGGUUUUCUGGAAGGAAUAUGGCCAAGGAAGUGCACUUACAUGGACAGAGUCUUCAAGCAGUUUGUGCAAGCUAUGUUUGAGCAUGGAAACAAAAUCUUUAGCAUGUAGCUUUGGACCAGUAUUAUAGCACAGUGGCACAUUCUGACAAGGGCAGUUAAGCUUAAUGCACAAAUUUUAACUCCUGUAAGCCAGCAAAUGGAUAAAGUCCAUUACUACAUGCAAAAAUAUUUUUUGCCUAAGAUUUUGUAGCAAGAAACUAAAUAUUAUGUUGUCACUUUUAUAUUUAUUUUUAAUAUGCCUUACUAAUAAUGACCUUAAAUGAAACAGCAGUCUGCAUACAUCAAAUUGCACUUAACCAAAACCAUCAAGUAAACAUUAUAAUUCCUCAGGAUUUUAAACCAGUACAUAUUUAGGAGACUUAAUUUAGAUGGCUUUUAAUAUUGGAAUGGCAACACUUAAAAUAUCAUAUGUUAUCCAGUCACAUAUAGUAAGUACAAGUUGGCCCAUUCCUUAGGG